GGAGCUACGGCGGCUCGGCGGGCUCAUGGGGCGCCUGCGCAGCGUGGUGUUUGUGUAUUCUGGCUGCGAGGCGGCGCUGGCUCCGGGGGGAAGAUGGCGGCGUCCUCGCUGGAGCAGAAACUGUCCCGCCUGGAGGCCAAGCUGAAGCAGGAGAAUCGGGAGGCCCGGCGGAAGAUCGACCUGAACCUGGAGAUCAGCCCAGCCCGGGCCCGGCCCAUUAUUGUGAUCACUCUAAGCCCUGCUCCCGCUCCGUCCCAACGAGCAGCCCUGCAGCUCCCCCUGGCGAACGAUGGCAGCAGCCGCUCCUCUUCUUCGGAGAACUCUCCCCAGCAUCAAACGCACCAGCCACGUCCCCGCCACAUGCUGGGCCUGCCCCAGCCACCCUUCCCUAUACCCAGGAGCAUGGAGAGUAUAGAGAUAGAUCAGAAGCUGCAGGAAAUCAUGAAGCAAACGGGUUACCUGACCAUAGGAGGGCAGCGGUACCAAGCAGAGAUCAAUGACCUGGAGAACCUGGGCGAGAUUGGCAGUGGGACCUGUGGUCAAGUGUGGAAGAUGCGAUUCAAGAAAACAGGACACAUCAUAGCCGUGAAGCAAAUGCGUCGCUCAGGUAACAAGGAGGAGAACAAGAGGAUCCUGAUGGACCUGGAUGUGGUGCUGAAAAGCCACGACUGCCCCUACAUUGUCCAGUGCUUCGGGACCUUCAUCACCAAUACAGACGUCUUCAUUGCCAUGGAGCUGAUGGGCACAUGUGCGGAGAAGCUCAAGAAACGCAUCCAGGGGCCCAUCCCCGAGAGGAUCCUGGGGAAGAUGACGGUGGCAAUCGUCAAGGCGCUCUACUACCUGAAGGAGAAGCAUGGCGUCAUCCACCGAGACGUCAAACCCUCCAACAUUCUGCUAGACGAGAGGGGGCAGAUAAAGCUGUGUGACUUCGGGAUCAGCGGGAGGCUGGUGGACUCGAAGGCCAAGACCCGGAGUGCGGGCUGCGCGGCGUACAUGGCGCCUGAAAGGAUAGACCCUCCUGAUCCCACCAAACCAGACUAUGAUAUCCGAGCAGAUGUGUGGAGCCUGGGCAUCUCCCUGGUUGAACUGGCUACCGGUCAGUUUCCCUACAAGAACUGUAAAACGGACUUUGAGGUGCUCACCAAGGUAUUGCAGGAAGAUCCUCCCCUGCUCCCAAACAACAUGGGCUUCUCCGUGGACUUUCAGUCCUUCGUUAAAGACUGCCAGCUGGAACUGCCAGGUGCCACUGUGCUGCACACAACGGCCUUGGAGAGCUGCUCAGCUGGGGCAGAACCCCCAUCUCCUGCACCAAAGCACUUGGCCGUGAUGUCUGAGCUAAUGGAGAAUGUCUGCUAUUUGUUAGCAGUGUAGGGCCCAGGACAGCCGGGGGAACCACAAGAGGUACAUGGUACACAUACACACCAGCCUGUUCGGUAACCCACUUGCUGAGAUAAACAAAGCUGGCCUUCAGAACCAGCCGUUCAGCUCUUCCUUUUGACAUCAACGUAAGACAUCCCUGUGCACCAAGUGCUUCCACCCUGUAACUUUCACAGUCUUUGCUCGGGCUUGUCUGAGGUGGGAUCUUGGGACCUGUCAUUCCCAAAUCCAGAAUUCUCCCCCCAGAUGCAACAGGCUGCGGCACCCCCUCCUCAUAUGGGACUUUAUUCACGGGGAUUGAAAUGGGCUCCUCCCCACCACCAGCUGAGCUGGACAAAGGUCUGAAUGGUUGAAUGGUAGGACACAUCUGAACAGUUCUGACUCUACCCCAAGGCUUGGAUUGGGAAUAUCUUGCUGUAUUAUCCCCUGAUUGUUUUACACUUACAUAUAUGCUGAAAAUAUGGCUUUAUUUGGUGUUUGUAUAUGUGUUUUCUUUCUUGAUGUAGGAAUUCGAUGCAGUGCUCCUGACCACUCAUUUCUAAGUUAUCAUCUGCAAAAAAACUAGAGAGCCUAGGCAGCCCUUGGAAUCAUGGUUAAAGUUGUCGUUCCCUGCCCAAAUCUGAAAUGAUGCCCCUGGUCACUAGACGCUCUAGGCUCCCCCCUCCUUGCCUUAACGUUCAGGCCUCCUGCGUGAUUGCCUUCCAGGAGACUGGGCAUGCUUAGCACUAGGGUCUGGGAGGGCCCAGCCCCCUCAGCACAGGCUACAGCACACAUGGGGCCUGGGGCUGGUACAUCUGGUCAGACAACCUGGCUGUGUACACAAGGGCCAGACAGCUGGGGGGGCUGGUUCGGCAACAGAUCAAUCCCCAUCUCUGCCCUUGGCAGUGACUCUUCCUAGCCAGAUGCUUGGUCCGGGGUUAGAGCACUUCCCUAGGCCCUAGAAAACCCAGGUUCAAAUCCCUGCUCUGUCCCAGCCUCCCUGGGUGACCUUGAGUGAGGCUCUGGGCCUGCCCUGCGUGAUGGGGUAAGAACACUUCCUUCCUCCUGCGGGAGUGUGAGGAUAAAUGUGUUAAAAGGAUUGUGAGGUGCCCAGCUACUA